AUGCGGAGGAACAGUUUUUGCUCUUCUCCGACGAUCAGCAGUCUGGAUCUACAGAAUCUGGAGCUUGACACGUUCAGCAUCACACAGAGGGUCAAAAAAACACUCAUAGUGCACAAUAUAGGUUCUGGGUUAACACAAAGCUCUGUGUCUGAACUUCUAUCUCAUCCCAAACCCUGGACUAAACUCAGCCUGAAGGGAAAGGAGAACUUCAUCCGGAUGCAUCUGUGGCUCCUAGACCCGCACAGUAUCCAGAAGCUCAACGCCAAGAAGAAGAGCGACCAGAGAGCUCGACUUAAGCGUGAUUAUCAGAGUGUGUGUGAGUCUCUGCAGUGCAGUGAUGUGUGGCGUGUGGAUGCCCUGAAGAGGCCACGCGUCGUGCUCAGUGUGCAGGAGAAGCAGACGCUGCUCUCCGCAUAUGAGCUGGAGCCGUAUCCCUCACAAAACACCAUCGACAGGCUGGCGGUGCAGCUCGGCCUUCAAACCAGCACUGUCAGCAACUGGUUCUACAACUACAGGUCUAGGAUCAGACGAGAUGGUUUUUGUGAAACCAACACAGGUCAGCAGAUCUGA